ACAGCGUUCAUGGCACUCCAGUGCACCGCUUGGCGUCCUGUGCGGUUAUGUGAAUAACCCAUGAUUCAGUGAUUUCGCUGACUGUGUCCUCUAGUGUUGUGCCGCCGCCAUGCGUCAAAGAUAUCAGCUGAAACAGAGAGUUCAACGCACCCGCUCAUACGAGUCGGAAGAUCAAUCUCGGGGUGCGUGCCAAUGGUGUGAAUAUGCCCUGGUGAUCACUCUCGCGACGAUCCUUCUCAUUGGAGUGUCAGCUCUGACCAUCUUCUGGGUAUUCUACUACCAUGACGGGUACGCCUGGGCUGAUGGCGCGCCGGAGAAGCAGUUCAACCUGCAUCCGACCCUCAUGGUCGCUGGGUUUAUCACCUUCAGUGGGUUUUCGGUGUUGCUGUACCGCAUUUGCCGGUGCUUCCGACGCAUCUACGUCAAACUUCUCCAUGCCAUCUUCCACGCCCUGGCGUUCCCUUGCAUCGUAAUUGGUUUCCUCGCCGUGUUCGACUAUCACAACAAGACUGGCAUCAACAACUUCUACUCGCUGCACAGCUGGAUUGGCCUUGUGGCUAUGGGACUGUUUGGAAUUCAGUACGCAGUCGGCUUCUUCAGCUUCCUACUGUUGAUGAUCUGCAGCAAGGGCACCGCUGGUUUCCGGGCCUCCCUGGUGCCGGUCCACGCUGCUUUCGGUAUCCUUACCUUCGUUCUUGGGGCGGCUGCCUGUCUGACCGGACUCACUGAGAAGGCAAUCUUCCAUAUCGGGAAAGAGAAAUACGAGAAACUUGACGAGGAAUCCAUCGUGACGAACGCUAUCGGGAUGUCCGUGGUGGCGGUGGUGAUCGUCGUGCUGUUCACCGUCCGCGGCACAGGAGGCUACCGCGUGCGCAAGGUGGCCGCUCAGCACCCGAGCUAAACUCGCUGCGUCCCCACCGACUGCGCCAUAGCAAUAACAUGCCACGUGGGUACAAAAUGCCGCUAUCUGUUUGAUAAUGAAACAUCUAUUGGUUAUAUUGAUUAGUUUGUUCGGGGUUAUGCUGAUUAUUUAUGACAUUUGGUUAACUAUUUAAUAAAGCGAAAGUUAUAAUGAAUUCUAUAAUACGAGUACCAAGUGCAGUCGUCACAAAUUAUAAAUUCUUUAGAUGAAUUAUUCUAACGGCAUUUUGUACCCAUAUUUUUUAACAAGUGUGCGUUCGAUUUUAUGCUUGACCUUAUUGUGAGAACACCAUGACUAUGUGCGUAUUAUAUCAUAAGCAUAAACUCGAAUAUGUUAUACCUAUCUUCCAUCUUCUUUUAUAAAAUUACUGUGUAAGAAAGGAAAGACAAAAAUUUCAUCGAACCUUUAAUAAAAUUUGCAAUUUAGGACAGAUUAUUUAGCUCAAUUCGUUGAUUUUGGUUACAAAUUUUAUUCGGUAAGUUUAUUAUUGUUCUUGCGGUUGUGCGUUGUUCUGAAUAUGAUUGUUUUGUAUGUGUUGAAGAACACGCAGCGUUUAUUAAAAAUCGUUAAAAUUAUUGUAAGUUAAUCCGUCUUAUCCUUGUUUCAUCUACCUAUUACUUAGGUUUAUGAAGCUGCCAUUAGUCAAAAUUUAUUCGACUGAUAUUAAGCUGUAGGUUUAUCUACUUUUUUCCCAAAUAAUUUUAUAUGCUAUGAAUGUAGCUAGUAGAAGCGCAAAUAACCGAUGCUAUUUGAUUGAACUGGAGAUGAAGGUACAAUGUUUAGGUGUAAUGAAACAUGUUCAUCGAAAUAGACAUUCAUUUCCAUUUCAAGUCCACUGUGCUCGCUGUUCUGUGGUAAAUUAGUUAGAGAUAGCUCUAGAUCAUAUUCGCCGCGUGUAGGUAAGAUAGUUAUGUAUGCAGUCGACGUUAGUCGAACAAGUACGGAGACAAUUUUUGGAUGAAUAAAUUCUUCCUUUCAAAAUAAGUAUCACAUUCACAAACGAAUACAUCAGAGGCCAUACUACACGUUUAGAUAUCGAAUUUUGGUAUCUAUCUAGCGUAGGAAAGUAAGUAGUUUAUAAGAUAUUUAGAAAUAACUUGUAUAUAAUUUUUAAUCUAAUUAAUGUAAUGUGCGAGUGUUCGAUAGAUGUAGAAUGUGAUGGAUUGUAGCUAAAAACUACCAUUAAAUAUUUAUUUAUCAGUGAGUAACAUCCGCGUUACAUCGGACAUAAAAACGAAAAGCAAGUCGGCAGGCAAAAGAAAAAUGAUUUUUUUAAAUAUUUUGACACUUUUAUUGGUUGAUACCAAUACCAGUUCAAUAUAUAAACAAUUGAUAUCUGGAAGUUUUGAUUCUCAUGCACUUGUGCACUCACUUUGAGCUACAAAUUCAGAUUAAUUCGAAGAUUGAGAAAUGCACGAAUAUUAUUUAUCAGCAGUUGUCAUCAAAUUAGUAUCAUGAGUGUUCAAGUCGCACGAGAGAUCCAAUUAUCAAGCGAUUAAAGAUAAAAACAGAAAAGCGUAGACGAGUUUACUUACGUAUAAUGUUCAUAUAACAAGUGUUCAUCCAAGUUGCCAAAUUCGGUGUAAAGUCGUCAUGUUUAUUAUAAUAAUCAAUUAUUACUGUGUAUUAUUAAUACAUAGUUACAUGUAGCAUGUUUAUCAAUACUAUAGGAUAAUGCUCAAGGUGUUUUUGUAAGAGGGUUACCUAUAUAAGUACCUAUUCCUUGUGUAGUAAAUGAAGAAACAUUUUAAUUAGAUUCUAUGAAAAAGAUCAAUUUGUAAAUUGCAUUCCAAGAAAGCAUUCGAUGAUUUUUCAAGUGUUAUUUUUGAAAAUAUACACUCCGUAAGACUGCAUUCAUAAGUAGGUCCUUUUGUAUCAAAAUACAGGAUUUGCUAUGAUUUUUGCGAAAAAAGUAUUUACAAAUUUUAAAUAUUCCAGUUUUUGUGGAUCCCUUUGACGAAAUGGGGCCAACUUUUUAUAUUAUUAUAGAUUCCCUGAUGGUACCGCUGCAGUAAUUUUUUCGAAGCCACGUUUUAUUAGGAGUAAUUUCAUAAAUUAUUUAAUAAGUGAAAAUUUAAGACAGAGCGCUGUGAAGCCAGUGUGAUCUUUUAAUACUUAUAUUAGACUAACUACCCUGGCUCGCCCUGAUUAAUAUUCACUUGACUGCACGGCGUCUUUAGUUUUAGUCUGAUAUCCUCAAGAAUAUAGACCGAUUUACUAUAUUUUGAAAACGCACCCAGAGAUUUAAUACAGUACCUGCUUAUUGAUGUAACAUUUAACUAAUACUUUUUACUUAGUUGCAUUCGUACAGAUAAUCGAUUUCAAUACUUACUUUUAAAUAUUUGCUAUUUAAUUAGUGAAACAUAAUUUCUAGUUCAGUUAACUGCAGUUAUAUUGGUUAAUAUGAAUUUUAUCACUGUUUUAACUUUUGAAAUAUUUAUACGGCAUACAUAAUGGUACAUUAAAAUACUUGUAUUAAUGAA